AUGGACCUUAUCACUAAUUUCCUAGGAGACUUUGUGAGCAAACAAAAGACUGUACAACCACAAAGCAUGUUAUCGGAGUCGAACCGACGAGCAAUAGAUUGGAGUUAUGGGGUCAUAGCUUUUGGCACGCGGACGAGUAUCAUAGUGGUAGACCCCAAAAAUUCGACUGUGAUCAAUUUGUUGAGUCACCACAUUGAGGACGUCACUGCUUUAAAAUUCCAAAGCAACUUUCCGACGGAAGAACCGUAUUCAAAACGCCCCAGUAAAUUGGUCAGUGGGGACUAUGCUGGGAAUAUCAUCUUAUGGGACUACUUUGUUAAUGUCCCUCUCAUCACAUUUACUAACACGCAUAACUCCCCAGUGACGUGUAUUCAAUGGCAUCACUCGUCCCCAAAUAUCUUCCUUGCACUCUAUGCGAAAGGGUCAAUAACUUUCUAUGACACGAACACGGGGCUUCCGGUAAGAAACAUUGCACAGAACUUCUUACAAAACGCCUUUUACUUUGAACAAGACCCGUAUGACUCCGACCAAAUCGCAGCUGCAACAAGAGACAACGUGUUUUUAUUGUCUACUAAACAAGUCACUGCAACGGAAAUCUACUCAACCCCCGACGUCGUGAAAAGUUCAAAACAAGACAAGUUAGUCGUACGUUCAAUCAAAUUUGCGAAAUCGCCACAACGCCUUUUUGUGUUGUCGUCGACGGAGUUAGUUGUGUUUGACACAGUUUUGGCGCAAGCCAUCGGGUCUCUUGGGUUACUCCCUCCACCUCUCAACUUCUCGUUUUCAACGGAUGAGACUACAAUGAAUGUCUUUAGUGAGAACCAUACAUUGUCCCAGUAUCGAAUCGACUUAAAUAAUCUUUCUUUUGAUACACCAGCUAUUGCAGUCUUAACUAAAGUCCUUCCUCCCCUCUUUCAUUUAAUCAGAGAUCCAAUGUCAAACGACAUUUGUUUGCAACUCGAAAAUGGUUCCCUCGGCAUCUUACACGGAGACAAGUCAAGCUUCAAUACAUCCCUUUCAGACACUUCCUUCUCAUGUCAGAGCUCCACCCUUACAACUUAUAAUGAAAACACUCUUUGUGUUGGUACGGAGAAUGGCGACGUCUUCUUCAUGGACGUCGACUCUCAAAAAAUCAGUGUAACGAAUGUGCAGUCGAUUGGAUGUCCUGUCCUUGGGAUCACAACGGCACCCGACGCAAUAUUUGUGUAUGGAGUUGUGUCGCACCCAAAGACCUCACACUCCGGAGACUUCUUUGAAAAUCGCGUGGUGCGGUUUUCAAGUAAACGGGAGAACUCGGUCUUUCCUAAUGACUUGUUUACGUCGAAUAAAGAGAAAUUGUGUGACGUUGUGAUCUCGACGAACGGGGCGAUUGUGGUGUUCCAAUUUAGUACCAAAUUGCAGUUUUGGGAGAACAAGAGUGAUAACAAAAGUGGCCCCAAACGAGUGUUAGAGAUCUCCGUGUCGUCGACCAUUGCAGUGAAAAUCACACAAACGGAGUCGUCGUUUUUGUGUUCGAGAGACAAAGACAUUUUGAUUGUGACAUUGUCCAAAUUUGAAGUGAACAUUCGCCCGAUUUACACGCACCCCUGUAAACUCCGGUUCCUCGCAAACUUGUCGCAAACGGCUUUUGUCUUUGUCGACGUCAAAAAUGUCGUGCACUUUGUCACGUUGUCGCAACUGUUGAGGAACAACGUCGAGACGUGCGACAAACGAGUCAUUUUAGGUGAGAAAAUAGUCAACAUCCGGGCAUGUCCUGUUGAAGGGAACAAAUUGAUUGCGUUGAUGACGGAGAAGCAAAACUGUUAUAUCUAUGACUAUUCGAGUCAAGCCGGAUAUCUUCGAAAUGACUUCAACGUCUUCAUGCAACAACGUCGGUUGAAGACGUUAUCAAUGUGUUGGGUGAAAGGAAACAUCCCCGUCGUUUUAACUCAUGUGCGACAAAUUAUGACGUUUUCAAAGGAGUUGGAGAAAGAGGCAAACGAAGGCACACUCAUUGCAACACCUCUCCAUUUACACACCGGUCUCAAUUUUAGAAAGGCAAUGACUUUAAUGUUCCAUGGAUUCUUCGAUGAUAGUUCUUUCUCUGUGACACUGAGAAAGUAUUUUAACUCCACUAAUAUAGCAGAAAAUUUCGAUAGAAGACCUAUCUGUGAAUUAAGUAAAUGGCUUGAGAGUAUCACGAUGAAAAAUGAAUUAAUACUAUAUAAAGAAAUCAUUACUAAAGUCGAUUCUUCACUCAACGACUUGUUCAUUGCAGUGGCAGAAUUAUUUAAAUUCCCACAAUAUGUACAGUUCUGGGGAUAUGUAAAGAAGUACAUUAUGGUCUUCAAACUCCGUGACGAUGCACAGAAGUAUCAAACCAUUAUAAAAGAUGAAUCUAAUCACACUAAUUUACAAGACGUCGCUACAACUACACGCGUGAAAUCAAUUCCACAUGUCAUUGAAAUACCACAUCCGCCACCAGGGUUAUACCCGGAGUUAUUUAUUAACACGUCUUUAAUAGCAGACACCGAAGAAAUGCGAAUGGAGAAAUAUGGUCUUUCGAUGAAGGACGACACGGAAUUGAGUGACAUAGAAAAGAACAUCAAAUUGAAUGAGUUACAACUGAUCUUUGGGCGCAAGUCUACGAUCAUCGGGCAAUACAUGGACAUGCUUAAAAAGACUCAAAAAAUCGAAUAUGGGCUUAAGGCGAUACUUUUAUCCUUGACCACAUACCCAGAAGAGUUAGACAAAACCAUCGAGAAUGUCGUGAAUGAGUUAUUAGACACUCGGCGUGAAGAAGAGGCGGUAAGAGUCUUAGAGAAUCUUGGCAACUAUCAAUCCGCCUGUCAAUUAAUGAUUCAGACAGGAAAGGUCUUUGAAGCAGUACACGCAUCGACUAUUCAUAUGCCCCUCAACAAAAUUAUGACCAUCAUAUAUAUCCCUUGGAUCGUCCAACAAAUAGGUAAAGGCCACUACGUCACGGCGGCUAUAAACCUAAUGAAGAUAGGCGGCUUCAUCGAUGCCGUCCGUGUACUCUUUUAUGGAAAAUUCGUGCAACUCGCCGCACUUUUGGCCGAUGUCAUCCUCUCAGAGAAAAUCGCCACCUUUACCACUGAUGUGUCUUUUAACAUGAAAACCGUCGUUUUCGAGAGUCCCAAAAAUUACACCACUUUCGGUGACAUCUGCAAAGAUGUUUACGAGCGGUAUUCGCAAAUUUUAGAAGAACAAUUCGCCAUCAAAGAGGUCGCAGACUUCUACAAAUUCAAGAUAACACUCAUCAAGUAA